GAAGCAACAUACUCUGUUUUUACUUAAUCGCUGUGUAAACUUGCCCAUGUUGUGUAUCAUAAUAUUCGCCGACACGAUCUGUUUUUCCAAGACCGGGCAUAGUGAACCGUAGUGAAAACAUAACACCCUUUGCUUGAAUUAUUAUUCUUUUCCGGGAAAGAUGCAUACGUUCCUCACCGAACACCAAAGCGCCUACAACCGCUACGGAUACAACUCCACCGCAUCCGUUACUUCGAAUCCUUACUACGAGCAGUACCGCUAUGGAUACGCCGCGUGGCAUCAUCAGCAACAUCCCCUCACCACGGCAAAAGACAUGGUCAAACCUCCUUACUCAUACAUCGCACUCAUAGCAAUGGCAAUCCAGAACGCUCCCGAAAAAAAGAUCACACUUAACGGAAUCUACCAGUUCAUCAUGGAAAGGUUCCCGUACUACCGGGAAAACAAGCAAGGCUGGCAGAACUCAAUCAGACACAACCUCAGUCUCAACGAAUGCUUCGUCAAAGUACCUAGAGACGAUAAAAAACCUGGAAAAGGCAGCUAUUGGACUCUAGAUCCUGAUUCCUACAAUAUGUUCGAUAACGGCUCAUAUUUAAGACGCCGUAGACGUUUCAAAAAAAAGAAAGACGCCCUAAGAGAGAAAAGCCCAAAAAGACAGCAGAUUCAUCCAGAAUCACCCAAACGUGAAGAAAAACCUCUGGAUGACCCCAAAACAAAACUAGGAGAGUGUAAACCUAAACGCGAACCAAACACCGAACUCAGUCAGUGUAUGAGUGCGAAAUACGGCGACCCCAAGUCAGUAAUCGUUCACCAAGACCACGUUUUAAGUGACGUAACCGCCUCGCUCCAAGCAAUAGACACUGCGGCAGCAUUUAGUGUUGACAGCCUCAUGACCAGCAGAGAUCAAGCAUUAGCUUACACAAACUCAACAAGACUACACUCAUCAGGGGGUAUGUACUCUUACUGCCCCACUGCCACGCCUCAGCAUCAAUACAACAUUGCUGACGAGGCUACUCCAAGAUACAGUCCAUGGUACAGUCCGGAAACAUCACCAGAAGCUGCAACAACCCCCACGGGCUACCGGGAAAUAAUUUUCGAUGGUAGUACUGCCCCCAGCUGUCAGUUGGCGAGUUUCAGGCACUCUGGAGUGUCUCCUUCACCUCCUCACAACUACAGGAGCGUGUCUACUGCUCCGUACUAUCAGGCGGACUGUGUAGGACAGAAGUACUGAGGGUACGCUUAUUGUUUCGAUCAUGUAAAUAUAAAGACUGAUCCUUAUUAGUCGAAGGAGAGGUGGUGAGUACUGUGAGGGAGAGUGAGGGUUUUUGGGAGGACAGAUCAAAGAUUUUUGCAAUAUUUAAAUGAUUAAUCGUACAUAAUAGGAAAUCCGUAAAAUACUGUAAAUUAAAUGAAUGUAGAAUUAUUGUUGUACAUCCUGAGUCUAAACUUUUCUAUUUCGGUUUCAUUGUUUAUAUAACCCGUUUUUUUCAGUGCAAAUAAGCAGUAUUCUUUGAUGAUUUUUCACUGUUGAUUAACCACUUUUUACAGUGCAAAUGAUCAUUAUUCUUUGAUGAUGUUUCACUGUUACUAGCUACUUCUUACACAGUGCAAAUGAUCAAAUAAUAAUAUUUCUAAAGUUAAAUUAGCAAUAUAUCAAUAAAUUGGUGCAGUUAGAGUGCAAAAAAUCUUUUUUUUAAUAGUAGAAGGUUUUCACUGUUCUUAGGAUUUUUUAACAUGGCAAAUGAUUAAUAAUUACACUUUUAUUGGCUAAAAUAAUAGUUAAUUACCUUCAGUAAUCCAUUACAAACGGUUUUUAGUGAUAAGAGA